AUGGCUGAGGCAUUAAAGAAUGUCAUUACUCAGAAUCUGGAGUGUCCUGUAUGUCUGAAUACCUUCACCGAUCCAAAGAUCCUGUCUUGUUCUCACACCUACUGCAAGGCCUGUCUGGACAACGUCUUGGAACGCAAUGGUCACGGCCAGAUGCUCCGAUGCCCUGUCUGCAGAGCUGAAACCCAGGUGCCCGACCAAGAUGUCAGCAAAUUACCGACAAAUCUAGCUUUGAAGUCUCUCAUAGAGGAUGUGAAGAAUCAACAUCAGUUUUGCACGAAUUGUAAAUCCGAGGACAAACCCCAAGCUGUUGUCUACUGUCAAGACUGUGGCAAGUAUCUCUGUAUCACUUGCCACAACGCACACUCUCUGUGGCAAGACUUCAUCAGUCAUGAUGUCUUAGCCAUAGGUGAGAUCGAAUCAGGGAAGGUGUCAGUACGUAGAUACCGAAAAUGCAAGAAACACCCCAAACAGGAUGAGGAGUGCUUCUGUUCCGACUGCAGGAGAUUUGCCUGCUUCAGGUGUGUUGUCAUGGAACAUAAAGACGAAGGACAUCGGGUCAUCGAGGCAGCUGUUUAUGAAAGCAGCCAUAUGAAGAGUAUCGAGGACCUCAAAUCCAAGGCGGAUAAGAAACGCUCUUGCUUUCAGAAAUACGUCGAUUUCAUUGAUGACCAGAAGAAGCAUGUGAGCAAUGUUCAGAAGCAGUGUACAGAUGAUAUCAACAAAGCAUAUGAAGAAUCAGUCCGGCAGUUGACAGAAAAGAAAGAAAUCCUCAUUGAUGAAGUUAAGGGUAGGUCUGAGGGAGUAGAGAAAGAACUGGACGAAAUGAAGAAAUCGGCUCAGAGGCACAUCACUCUCUUGACCACCAUAGCUGACGUGGUAACCAAUAUAACAAAGAUACCGUUAGAUAUGGAUUCUUUGGCUGCACACGACACUCUAUGUCAAGACUUACAAGAGGCCUUGAAACAAGAAGAUCCUGACUACAAUCAGCCGAUGCAAUCGAGUAAGAAAGGGAAAAGUGUCACUUUUGAGAGAAACGAUGGAAUGGACGAGAUAACUCUUGGUAAGAUCGUAAGUGCAGUUGCAAAGAACAUCGCUUUGCCUACUAAGAAUAGCAUGAGUGCCAUGGUUCGUACACCAGACGGUAGGAUGGCAGUGGGGUGUUGGACGGGUGGCAUAGAGAUCUUCUCUGCUGAUGGUCAGCACCAGCAGAAAGUUUUCAAACACGUGGGGAUUCUUGGAGUAGGGUCCUCUCUGAUGAACGGAAAUACAAUCCUGAUAGCCACCGUGAAGCACAAUGUCGGUUUGGUCAGCAUUGAUGAGUACACUAACAAGCUGAAGCAUGUCCAGAAUCUAAUCGUUGAUUACAAGAUUGAGAAGCCCGAGAGAAAGUGGUACCUUCUCCAGCAGUACCGAUCAGGAGAGAUAGCUCUCUGCACUCACGAUAGACUCUAUAUAUUCGACUGA